AUGGGCCAAGGCGACGAACGCUCAUACGGCCAAAGCAGCACCGACCCAAGCAGUCCCUCGACCGACGCACUGUCAGCAAAGGCUAGCCAAUCAAUCUCUUCGCCUCAGAAACCGGCCUCCAUUAGGACAUCUGGAAGACUUGCGAAUCGCCGUGCCAAAAAUCGAGUAACUUCACAUUCUAAAUCGGAUAAAGUUGACUCUCCCAAGUCGUCAAUUCGAUCAUCCGAAAUAUCGUCUCGCUCGUCGCAUCAGACCGUAACACCAGAGGAUAAAAGCGUAUACAUAACGGGUAGGGCAAAUAAUAAACCCAGACGGAACGGGAUUGUGUCACCAAACUCUCCUCCAACUACGGGGACGCGGCAACGAUCCCAAUACGCGGACGAUGAUACUGAUCAUGGGGUCAACACGACUAGAAGGACUAAGUUCCUUGAGCGAAAUCGAACAGCGGCGACUAAGUGUCGCCAAAAGAAAAGGGAAUGGGUGACGGAUCUAGAAGAAACGAAAUUUGACUUAGAAAACCAGCACAACCUCCUUCAGAGGGAGUACAGCGACUUAAAAACUGAGAUUACUGAGAUAAAAUCGCAACUCAUGAAUCAUUCCAGUUGCAACGAUCCCAAUAUCGACAAAUGGAUCGAAAAUGAAGCAAAGAGAUUUGUCUUGGGAACAAGCGAAAAAUACGACCAGAUGCUGGUUAAUUUAAGCCACUCUCCAAGACAUAUUAUAACUCGCCAGGAUAGCUUCUCUUCCGCCGCAGGAUGUCAGGCAAUGCGUGAUUCGGAACUUCUUAGCCCAGUUACUCCAUCACAUUCAUUUCAUCCCGGGGGUUUCGAACCAAAUCCAUCUAUACUCUACCAUCCAGAUCUAACGCCGAACUUUCCGCAGGUCGCAGCAUCGGACUCACACGAAGAGCCCUACCCGGUUGACACUCUACAUAAUACGACGGCCGAGGACAUGUCCGUCUUCCAUAGUAUACCGAUGGUUGAAACCUUCGAGAAUUUUAUUCUUCCUACAAGCUGA